GCUAACAUGCCUGUGGCGUAGAAGCCUGAAUGGGCGCCCCAGAAAAGCCAGAGUUUUCCAGGGGUCUUUUGGGCACCUCGUGGGUGUGGAGAGGUCCAGGGCUGACACACAUGCUCGCUCAGCUCACACGCACAGACAUCUUCACGCUCACCGUGCACCGCACCACACUCUGAUGACCCCGGUCAUCAGGACGCGGCCUUCUGUGCUGUGUUGUUGUUCAGAUCCAGCUGGCUGGCUCUGCGGGUCUGUGGCCGGUGGGCCUCCGAGGGAGCGCACAGUGGGGUGACGGGCAGCCCUGCUACAGAAAAAGCGCCCGGGUACCUGAGGUGGGAGGAUGUGACGACGCUGUGCCCCCGCGCAGCGGGGACUCGGGCCUUUAAAAAGCCGAGGAAACAGCCUCUGAGCAGGCGGUGGCUACACUGGAGGAGAGCACACCCAGGUCUCACGUGAAAGCAGCCAAACUGUCUGCUUCAAAGAGAAAAGGCAACAUCCUGUCACAGGCCAUGCUCUGGCAGAAACCCUCAGCACCAGAACAGGCCCCGGCUCCACCCCGGCCAUACCAGGGCGUCCGUGUGAAGGAGCCAGUGAAGGAACUGCUCCGGAGGAAACGUGGCCAUGCCAGCAGCGGGACGGCUGUCACACCUACGGCGGUGGUGCUGCCCCAUCAGCCCCUGGCUACCUACACCACAGUGGGUCCUCCCUGCCUUGACAUGGAGGUCUCCGCUUCCACAGUGACAGAGGAGGGGGCCCUGUGUGCCGGCUGGCUCUCCCAGCCGGCCCCGGCCACCCUCCAACCCCUGGCCCCGUGGACACCCUACACGGAGUACGUGUCCCACGAAGCUGUCAGCUGCCCCUACUCAGCUGACAUGUACGUGCAGCCCAUGUGCCCGAGCUACACGGUGGUGGGGCCCUCCUCCGUGCUGACCUACGCCUCCCAGCCGCUCAUCACUAAUGUCACGACCAGAGGAGCGGCCGCGCCCACCGUGGGGCCCCAGCUGGAGGGCCCGGAGCACCAGGCGCCCCUCACCUAUUUCCCAUGGCCGCAGCCCCUUUCCACACUGCCCGCCUCCACCCUGCAGUACCAGCCUCCGGCCCCAGCCCUGCCCGGGCCCCAGUUCGUCCAGCUUCCCAUCUCCAUCCCCGAGCCGGUCCUUCAGGACACGGAAGACCCCAGGAGGGCCAUCAAUUCCCUGACCAUCGACAAGCUGCUUUUGGAGGAAGAGGAUGGCGACGCCUACGCGCUCAACCACACGCUCUCGGUGGAAGGCUUUUAGGGCCUGCUCGCCCGGAGAGUCCUGCUCCCCGAGCCUGGGAUUUUACACUGAGCCUGGGAUUGAGCCUCAGAUUCACGCCUGUUUGGAGUAGCUGUCUCACAACUACACUUUCCACCCUCAACUAGAAUAAUUGGCUUUCCUUCCUCCCUCCCUCCCUCCUCCUCCCUUCUUCCCCCUUGCCUUCCUGCCUUCUUCCUCCUUUUCUCCCUCUCCCCUCCUUCCCUGCCUUCCUCCCUCCCCCCCUCGCUUCCCCCUCCUCCCUUCCUCUCUUUCUCCCUUCCUCCCUCCCCUGAACCCCUUCCUCCCUUCCUCCUUCCUUCAUUUUUUUUCCCAUUUCUGUUUCCAUCUGAGAAGGAAUUAUAGAGAUUUUUGUGGUAAUAUUGAUGCCAGUGUUGCAAACCCAUGUCCCAGGUGCUUUUAUUUCUGCCUCAUUUUGUUCAUUGGAGCAGCAGCCCAGCUGAGCUGUCUUGGGGCCAGUGCCGCCCUGCCCUCUGUCAUUUUGAGGUGUAUGGGGUGGCCUCGCAGACCCACUGCCCAAGUCCUUGAGCUGUCAGUUCUCACAGUUGAUUCUUUGUUUGCUGUUCUCUGUGCUGGCCAGAUUUACAGUCUAGGCAGCAGAGUCCCAAGGCCUGGGGCUCAGUUAGGUGGUGGGGGUUCCGGGGGAGAAAAAUCAACAGCAGAGUGGGUGGGUUGAGGGACAGAGGAGGGAGGGG